GUCCCUCUCUCUCGCUUGCCUCUCUCCUCUCUCUCUCUUGCCUCUCUCCUCUCUUAGCCCUCCCCUGUACCUCUCUCUUUAUUACAGCAUAGUAUUAGGGUUUACAUUGCUUUCUAAAACUAGGUUUUACAGGGUGUGAAAUUGGUUGUUCUGUUGGGCCUUUUUUAAAUUAGGGAUUUUUGAAAUCUAUGGCUCUGUCUCUUUGGAUGCAUAGAAUUAAAAUGCUGUCCAAAUACUUGAUGAUGAGUUUGAUAAUUUUUCCGAAAUGUUUUUGUAUACAUUGUAUGAAUGUGUCCAAACAUUUGGGGUAUUGAAAUUAGGGAUUGUCCAAAUCUGUGGCCCUGUCUCUUUGGAUAGAGCGAUUGAAAAUGCUGUCCAGAUACUUGAUGAUGAGUUUGAUAAUUUUUCUGAGAUGUUUUUCUAUAAAUUGUAUGAUUUCUGUAAGUUUAUUGAAGCCAGCAUAGGAUAGAAUCUCUUGUUCCUUGGUCUGCAAAAAUGUAGUCCAAAUAAUGGUACAGUUUAUAAUAUCCUUGUUCUGCUACCCAUUUUUGUGUCUUUUGCUGGUUUUUGUGUAUGUUGGAUUGGAGAUUAUUUUACUCACCUUUGGAGAUUCAAAAUGUUAAUACUAAUAGAGGUGGUAAGCUCUAUAAUAUAUGCAGUACACUCUUAAGCUUAUAGACAUUGACAAAAAUGUCAGCAGGUUAAAAAAAGGAAUGCAUGAUAGAGCCAAACUAAUGGACAAGAAUCUUCUUGUUAUUCUGCUAAAUUUUGUGGUAGUUUAAUAGAAAAAUGCCCAAAUCAAUGAGCCCUCCAUUUUUGGCGCUAUGUAAGAAGCUGUGUUUUGAAAAAUAUGCAAUAAUCGAACCAGAAUCCCCCAAUUCGACAUGGCAACAGUGGGUGAGCUAUUUGGUAUUUGGAUGGCCAGGAAUGGCCCAAGACCCCCACCGAUUUUCAAAAUUUUUGUUAUUAUAUUUUCCUGACUCCCCAUGGAUUUGUUAAUCCUGAUCAACCCAGCGGGUAAUUGAUUUGGCCUUCAACUCCGGCAAAUUUCUCUUGUUGCCUGAAUUGACACUAGUAACUAUGUAUAGUAACUAUGUACUAUUCUCUAGGUGAUUGCUUUUGCAUCAUGUAACAAUCUAACUAAUAUGUUGUAACCAUUGGUCAGGGCUUGGGUUACGAAGGCGUAAGGAGGCUUUUGGGGUUGAGGCAUACGACUAGUACAGUUUGGGAUGGGCUUCCUCCACAUAUAUCAGAUCUUCUGUUGUCAUUUCUGAUGCUGUAUAAACCGAAUGCCAAAACUGGAUGAUCCGGCUAAUUCUCUGUUCUGGGUCGCCGUUCCGACCCGAUGUUUGAGGUGGUGAAUCCGCAUCACUUAUCCAAUUUUAAAGCCAUACUUUCUCUUUAACUAAAAAGCUUAGCCAAUUAAGUGGAGUAGGCUGUUGGUUUGGAUAGCCGACACCAAACAGUUGGAGAAAAGGCUCUGAUGAUGAUGAGGCGGUUUUAAAAAGAACUUUCAAUAUUGGGCUCCCUUACUUCUUGGGAACUUGAUACACAUGCUCCAUGCUGCUAUGAGGGUAUCCUAUUCUCUCUAGCACAUGUUAUUGAGGCCCAUCGAGAAAACUAAACUCAAUGUAAAUGAUUCUCAUUUCCUUCUCGUUUAAAUAUCCUGUCAACACCCUCUCUCUCCCUCUCUAGCACAACAUGCCCUCCAAGUUCUCAGCGUCUCUGUCUUUAGAGGCCUCCAAAGGGGUGGAGAAACUCAUGAGCAAUGGCACCAACUCUCUAUCUCUCACCCCCAAUUUCAUUGUGCCUCCUGAUAUGAGGCCACAACUCUCAGAGGUCUCCACUUGUGAAACCAUCCCUCUUAUCGAUCUUAGUCUUCUUCAUGCCCAUGACAAUACAACAGGACGAGCUGAAAUUAUCAGGCAGAUUUCUACAGCUUCUCAAGAUUAUGGAUUCUUUCAGAUUGUGAACCAUGGGGUGUCAGAGGAGUUGAAGGAAAGCAUGCUCCAUGUGGCAAAGGAAUCCUUUGAGAUGCCAAUAGAAGAGAGGGCAAAGUUUUAUUUGGAGGACCCAAAAAAGCAAACUAGGGUUUCAACGAGCUUUAACAUAAACAGGGAUAGGGUUCGAGUCUGGAGAGAUUAUUUCAGGCAUCCAUGCUAUCCAUUAGAAGACUACAUCGACUCUUGGCCUCAGAAGCCUGAAAAUUACAGGGAAGUAGCUGGCAAAUACUCUACAGAGGUGAGAUUGUUGAUAUUGAAGCUCUUGGCUCUCUUAUCUGAAGGACUUGGAGUGGAUCCUAAUUACUUAAACCAGAAAUUAGGAGAGAAGCCUAAUCAAGUGCUGCUCAUAAAUUACUAUCCACCAUGUCCAAAUCCCGAUUUGACCCUCGGUAUCGCAGGCCAUUCGGAUCCCAACGCAAUUACAGUUCUUCAGCAAGGUGAAGUAGGUGGUUUGCAUGUUUUCAAAGAUGGAAAGUGGUUUGCUAUCGAGCCCGUGAAAAAUGCUUUCGUGGUUAACAUAGCAGAUCAGUUGGAGGUUAUUAGCAAUGGGAGGUUCAAAAGCGUGCUGCAUCGUGCAGUUACAAACUCCAUGGCUGCUCGAAUCUCCAUACCAAUGUUUUAUGCUCCCUUUGUAGAUGCAAUUAUCGAGCCUGCAGAGGAACUAGUGAGUGAAGAGACCCUUGCAAUUUACAGAAGCUAUAAAUUUGGUUAUCAGCAACGGGAGGUUCAAAAGCGUGGAACACCGUGCAAUUACGAAAUCCACAUCCUCUCGAAUUUCAUUACCAACAUUUUAUGGUCCCUCUUUGGAUGCAUCAAUUGGGCCUGCCAAUGAAUUAGUGAGCAAAGAAAGCCCUGCAAUUUACAGGAGUUACACAUUUGGGGAGUUCUUUGACAGGUUUUUUAGCCAGGAACUCAA